ACUUUAUACUGUAUACAACAGAGUGUUACUUAGCGUGGGUUCAUUAGUGUCUGCUGUGUUUGUUGGAUCAUAAUGUAACCUUGAUAUGCUUGAGGGAUAUUAGCAUAAGUUAACAAGACAGAACUCAAGGCUUAUUCAGCAGCCAGAUGACUGAAGAGAUAAAGUACACUGUGCUCAGCUACUCCCACACCACAGCUGUUCACUCUGAUCAGUUUAAAAAAGAAAAGCCUGUGUUUUCAUCUGUCAAACAAAAUUCGCCUUCUUCUCUGCACUGACUAUUCAAAUGGUGUGACAACUGUUAAAAGUCCUGUGUGACAGACUGCCUUCAGACAGCUGGAUACAACCUCCACAAAAGAUGGAGGACUCUCCUCACUUGUACAUCACUGAACCUGGAGACAAUGAGGAUAUAGAGGAGGAGGAGGAGGAAGAAGAAGAAGAGGAGGAGGAAGAAGAAGAAGAAGAGGAGGAGGAGGAGGAGGAUGACGACAACGUUUAUGAAGAGGAACCUAACACCGAACCAGCCACCAUUAAGUCACUGCACCCAGAUCCUCACAAAUAUCCCAACCAGGAUACUGAGAGAGACUGGAACUCUUUUCCCUGCCAGCACUGUGAAAGACAUUUUUCCAGCAAACAAGGCUUAGAACGACACAUGCACAUCCAUGCUUUGGCAAACAACAGCUCACCUGCAUCCAAAAGCAGUAAGAGCAACAUGUCUUUGGGUUCAAAUCUGGAUCAGUUGCAGCAUGAGAAGAUGAAGCCUCUGCAUUCAACAGGCUCAGUCAUGCAGCGCCAAACUUCAUCCCCGACUAGCUCCAGUACUUCUGUUUUGUCGGCUGGAGACCACACCGCUCAGCCAGACAAACCAGGAGUAUUAGAGGGACAUCAUGCUUGCAAGUACUGUGAAAAGAUAUUCACUACACAUACCAACAAGCGACGACAUGAGCGCAGGGUCCACGAGCAGCACCUACAAGGCACACAUGUGGAAAAAACCCAGCUGCCCCAAGAGGAAAGUCUUCCGAGGGAAUUCAGUGAAAUAUCACAACAGGAAACAGGCCUUGGUGACAAUACAGCACCUGCAGCUGUUCUGGAGAAUCAAGUGGAACACACAAAACAUUACAUGCUAGAUGUCUCGAGCAAUAUUUCAGAGAAUCUCAGCUUUUACAUUGAUGGAAAGAUAGUGUCAACAAGUACAGUCAGUAGCUGUGAAGCAGCUGAGGUCCAUUCUGGGUCUUCAACCUUAGUUGGGCUGGAUGCCUUGAUUCUAGACCCGGCCCAAAUCAGCCAGGUGUUAAAUACAGAUUCACUCACUGGCAAAGAGAUACCUGGUCAACCACAGGCCAAGAGAAGAACUGCAACACCACCUCUUUUACCACAAAUUAAAACUGAACUGGAGUCUGAAGUGGUUGUGUCGUCGUCCUCAUCUUCACUUGUAUCUUCUUUAAUCGAGAAUCUACUUCCUCAGAAUACAGAGUCGACAGUUGCACAGAAGGAAAGAACUGUGUUUCUGUCUCCAAAGCUGAAGCAGCUCCUGGAGAAGCAGGAUGGCCUUAAACCGACACUUGCACUCAUCGCGGAUGGCCAGAAGCCUUGUUCACCCGUUUCUCUCUCUGUCCUGCCUGCUGGAACAGGAAGGUUUAAAAGAAGGACUGGGUCCCCACCAAGCUCUCCACUACAGAACCCAGCAUCUAGAGAAGCAACACCAGAUAUUGUAGAGUGUGAUGCUGUAAGUACAGGGCAGAUGGAGAGCCAAUAUAGUUCACCUGUGCACCAAACAGCCAAUGUGAAGGAUGACACAAGUCCACCCGUGGAGGAGCCAGCACUGAAGCCUGUCUCCACAGAGAACUGGCUCCCCACAACUGGCGGUAAUUCCUGCAAUCAGCAACCACUGGAUCUCUCUAAUACAGUCAAAAGCAAUGAAGAAGUAGCUUUAGCUGAUGCCGUGCUGGAUUUGAGCUUGCAAAACAAGACCCUAACAGAAUCUGAAUUGACAUUAAAUUUAGUUUCACAGGCAGUUUUGAAAGAAGGAAAAUCAAAUACAUGCCUGAUGGAGACGGCCUUAAUGAAUAUUGGAGAGCAAAAUAUAGGCCUAGGAAAUCCUGAGACACCUUUAGUCACAGACUUCACCAUAUUUACAGGUCCAGAUAUGAUGACCCCAAUAGAUCCUAUGGUAGAAGGACUUGUUUAUGGACUUGCACUUCCCUCUAAUCCUCUGACUCCAACAUCUGCCUCCAUCACCCCUGUCGCUUUGCAGCCAGCCUCACCAUGUACUUUUGCAUUUGCUUCCCCAACCUCACACACAGUGCUCCCAACUACUCCUUCAUUAAUCACAGUUUUGGCACCACAACAUAUUUCUAACCCUUCAAGCCAACCAAUCCAGGUAUUAGCCCCAAAUAUAUCUCCCGAGCCCCUGGUAAUCUGCACUGAAAAUGCAUUAAAUUUCUCCGAGUGUGAUUUAACUACUGCAUUUGCCACUACAAAUUCUGCAAACCCUGUCACUCUCUCCCAAUCCCUUGACCCGGCUCUAAAUCUACCUGGCCAUGUGUUUCUCUCUGAUCAAAUAGGGCUCAAUCCCCCUAUAGUUGAGUCCACUCCUAUGUCAGAUGUGCCAUUCACACCCACUGUAACUUUAAAUGAUUCCCUCAUCAAUUCUUACAACAUUACCAGCAACACAGUGUUGAUAGAGUGCACAAUAGCUCUUGAAGCCCCAGGGAGCAUAGUCCCUGCUGCCGUUACCUUACAAGAAAACCCUGCUGAGCCUCCAGCACCUACACAGAUGGUUGUUAAUCACAUAGAACAGCAACAGAUUGUAUCAGUACCCAACCCUCAAACUGUGGACCCCACUAUUGUUAUGUCCACAAUCGCAGAAUCAGUAACUCUAUCCACCGCCACCUCUGUGAUAUCUGAUUGUACUACUGUGGGAGAAUCAAAUUCAGACCCAGAGCUUGUUGUUAAUGCAGAGCCACCAGCUGUAAAAGAAGAGGAGGCUGCUGAUAGCAUUGUUUCCAUUCCCGAAAUCUCAUCAAAAACCUCACCACUUUCUGAGAAAGCUGAAGAGAACAAAUCCUCCAACAACAUGCAGAGUACUGCACAACAGCAGUCUUUCACCAAGAAUUUCAUCUGCAACGUGUGUGAUAAGCUUUUCCAUUCGAUGAAAGAACUGGGCCAUCAUGUCGGUGACCAUGCUGAUGAAUGGCCCUACAAAUGUGAGUUCUGCGUGCUGCUCUUUAGCGAACCCACAGCUUUACUUGAUCAUCGAUCAAGCCUCCACGGUGUCGGCAAGACUUACGUUUGCAGUGCAUGCACAAAAGAAUUUGUCUACCUUUGUAAUCUGAAACAGCAUCAGGAGGAAUUGCAUCCCGGACAGCAGUGUACAUACGCAGAAGAAGAAAAGGGAAAGCUAAGACCUCAGAAUCACAACAACUUAAAAGUCAACACAGAGCCCGCAGUGCCCGAUGCUUCAGAGGAACUCAAGAAAGUGGUGAAAAAGGAAGAAGGUGAAGUAGAUGUGGCUGCUGAAGAACUGUUUACAACAAUAAAAAUCAUGGCCUCAGAUGGAGCCAAAAUCAAAGGGCCUGAUGUUCGUCUUGGCAUUAACCAACAUUAUCCCAGCUUUAAGCCCCCUCCAUUUCCCUACCAUAACAGAUCACCUGCUGGCUUAGUGGCUUCAGCCACAAACUUCACCACCCACAACAUCCCACAAACCUUUAGUACGGCUAUUCGGUGCACCAAGUGUGGAAAGAGCUUUGAUAACAUGCCAGAGUUACACAAGCAUAUCCUGGCUUGUGCAAACGCCAGCGAUAAGAGACGAUACACACCCAAAAAGAAUCCCAUCCCACUGCGUCACUUUGCAAAAACUCAAAAUGGAGUUCUGUCUACCACUAAUUCUACCAACGGACUCAAUGCUUCGAACAGACCCAGCCAUUCAAACAGGUCCAAACCUAACCAAGAAUCAGUAAAUGUGAAGUUCAAAGUGCUGAACAAAAGGAAGAAAAAGUUGGUCCAGAGGGUGAUGCCACAAAGGAACAAGCAGGUUCCUUCAUCAAAUAAACUGUCACAUGCACAGGUGGAUGAGCAACAGGAGAUCUUUGUCUGCCCACACUGCAGCAGGGAGUUCACCAUGAGACGCAGCAGAACCAAACACAUGGCAGUCUGCCCCAAGAAACCUAAAGAGGUGAAGAAAAGAAAAGAAGGAGGCAUCUCUGUGACAAAGGAAAAUGAUGGACACCUGCAUAGAGGGGUUGAAGAGAAAAAACAAGCCUCACCUCAGCAUAAAACCAGACUCCAGACUUCUGGCCCUGCUAAAAGGCACGCCAUCCUGCCAGUGCAAACUGUCUUUUCAAACAAAAGAAGUAAGAUAGUUAUUAAAGAGAGCAAGCAGCCAAAACAAGAGACACCCACUCUGAAUGAACUUCCCAUCGUUCGCACUUUCAACCCCACCAUGCGACAGUAUAGCAGAGUGCAGCAUAGCGUCAAAGGAAUCCCUAUUAAGAUCACUAUAGUGAAACCACAAAAGGCUGCACUGCAGAAGGAUGAGCUGCCUCCCAACCAGAGCCGAGAGGAAGCAGCCGGAGCCGUCGGCAACAGCUCUGAGCAGAGUCCUACAGCCUGAAGACUACACAGCUGCCCACCAGGGAUCAUCAGGAUCCUGCUGUGUGGAGCGCCUCAGACAUACUCGUGUCAUCACGAUACUGAAGGGAGAUAACUGUUAAUCACACUGUAAAGCCCAUGAACCCAGAUUGCAUCACACUGUUUAAAUGACUGAAGUGAGACAGCGAAGGAUACUGCAGUGAGUGAAUGUAUUUAAAUGCUUUUGUAGUAGUUUGGGAGUUUUGUAGAUUUCUCCUUCAUUUCACAAACUUUCUGUCAAUGGCUUGGAUUUGCACUUUGAAGUUAAUCUGACUGCUACGUCUCACAAAUUGGAAAGGAGGUGGGAGGAAUAAAACUGGAAGGCUGCUCUCAUUUCCUACUUGGUGGGUUAUUUGGAGAGGAUGGCAGGUGGCAAUCAUUCUCAGCAUGCAUUUGCACUUUUCCUUAUCUGUUGUCUGUGGCCUUUUGGUUUAAACUGUUGCUGCAUGCUGUGAGCUUCUACUACAGCUAAUUUAGGAUGGAUCAUGUUGAUGCAAUUAGGCCUUAAACACUGAAACUUGCUCUGUUAGUCUGAUGGACAAUAACCAGUGUAAUUUUAGGGAAGAUACAGAAUCAUAGAAAAGUAACACGCUCUGUAGUAAAGUGUAAUAUUUGCCACAAGCUACCUAUCAGAAUGCUUAUGGAUAUCAGCACCGUUGAUUAGAAUAAUAAGUGUUUUCAUUAUUGGUGUGAAUGUAACAUUGGUAGAUUUAAUGCUACAGCCUUUGCAAAUCAAAAUUGUAUAUAAUGUGGUUGGCCCAGUUUGCCUUUUAUUUGUAUAAGCGUUAGAAGAGUAAUUCUCUUUAUGUGCCAUCAAAUGUAUAUAAUAAAAUUAAAUGUGGCAUAAUGUUGAUGAAGAAUAAAUGUAGUCUGGUGACUCCCACAUAGGGAAUUUUAUUUUGGUGGUUACCAAGAGAUGGAUAAACUCGUUUGUCUCUUCAAAAGUCUGUGUGAAACUGCAGAUGACUUGAAAAGAUGCGUUGAUGUGCUAUCACAUUUUUUUAAGGGCUUCCCUAUGUAGCCCAAUCUAAAUAUGUUGGAUUUUGUAGUUUAAGGGCCACCACAAAAAUUGUCAACCUUUGUUUUAUUGGCACUGUAAUGCCAAACACCAGUACUUCAUAUUCUGAACAGUUUGGAUGCAUCAAUGCAACUCUAACAGUAGCAAAUAUCAAUGACAGAGCCAUCUCCAGUGCUCGGCCUCACUGCAUUUCUUCUGAAAUCCUGAAGUAUUUACAGUAGUCCAGUUCGCUUGUAGGCUUUAUUUUGCACUUGUUUCACAAAAUGCUUGUCAAAAAAUAUGAUUUUGUGUGUUUUCUCCUCAUUCAAGGACUAUUAAUCUUCAUAAUAGAAGUACAGUCUGUUUAGGUCUUUGUCGUCCGUAGCGUACAGGCCUUUUCAUCAUUGCUUAUAAUCUGUUGUCAACAGUUUAUUGUGUGGAGUGUGUCUAAUGAAUUCCAACAUGUAUAAACCGCAAAAUGGAAAUAUAAGAUAAGUUAUGGGGUCUUUUUGUUUGCUGGAACCCUGUAGAGACCUAUUGAAAUGUUUGUGGCAAGUUGUCACUGAUCUCAAAGAGUGAGUGUAAUGAAUUGUAUCUGUUUGAUUUAAAUUUUUAUAAGCUACUAGUUUAAAAAUUCAGUGCUAUACAGGGUAAUUAUUUCAUGAUGAUUGAGUCGAGUAUUAUCAAUUUGGGCAAAUUAAAACUUGACAAUGGCCUGUAUCUGAGAGAGAGAGAGUAAUGGUACCUCCUUUACAUUUUUGCCUUUUCAACCCUUGUUGGUAAUAUCUCCAUCAUUUAGACAGACUGCAAUGUGUUGGAUGUACAGGACGGUUUGGGAGACUGUUAUUUAACUGUGAAAAGUGCUUGUAGCAUUUCGAAGUGUAAAUUGAGUCAUGUAUAUUUAUUAAUAAUUUAAAAUCAUGUUAUCAAUAUCUGAACAGUUCCUCUGUAUGAUUUGCACUAAAGUUUUUUCAAGCGAGUGUUAAAAAUAAAUGGAGAAUGUUAAGAUUA